GGUCGGUAGCACGUGCCUUGGGUGAAACGGCAUCUGAUUCUACUUUCUCACACGGUUCCCCUCCUGAUUAUUCUAAGAAAACAUUUCGUCGGCCCUCCGUCCCUUCUCCCACCGCCUCCCGGUAGUAUUUAGGGAGAUUCAGUUCUCAACGUCUCUACCGGUCUUUGGUUAACUCCUUCUUCAACUAACUCUCUCUCUCUCUCGCUCGCUCGCUGCGGAAUCUGAUCCGAUCUGAUCGGAGAGGCCAUGCAACAAUCGGACUCAAUGUCGGUCAGGACAGUGAAAGUAAGCAAUGUCUCCUUAGGUGCAACUGAGCAAGAUAUCAGAGAGUUCUUUUCUUUCUCUGGUGAAAUUGAAUAUGUCGAAAUGCAAAGUGAAAGUGAGCGAUCGCAAUUUGCAUUUGUCACCUUCAAGGAUUCACAGAGUGCUGAGACUGCACUUCUUCUUUCGGGUGCUACAAUAGUUGAUCUCUCUGUUACCAUUACACCUGCUCCUGACUAUCAACUGCCACCUACGGCAUUGUCUGCACCAGCGGCAAAGGACAGCAACUUCGUCGGUGGUGCUGAAUCUGCAGUUCAAAAGGCAGAAGAUGUUGUUAGUAGCAUGCUUGCCAAGGGCUUCAUCCUCGGUAAGGAUGCUGUCAACAGAGCCAAGGCAUUUGAUGAGAAGCACCAGCUCACAUCGAACGCUACUGCCACGGUUGUUUCCCUGGACAAGAAAAUGGGGCUGAGCGAAAAGAUAAGCAUGGGCACGGCUGUUGUAAAUGAGAAAGUUAAAGAAGUCGAUCAAAAAUUUCAGGUCUCCGAGAAAACCAGGUCUGCCUUGGCUGCUGCUGAGGAGAAGGUCAGCAGCGCUGGUUCUGCCAUUAUGAAAAAUCGUUAUGUAUUUACUGGAGCUUCAUGGGUGACUGGUGCCUUCAAUAAGGUCGCCAAGGCUGCAGAGGAUGUGGGUUUGAAGGCCAAAGAGAAGGUCACAAAGGCAGAAGAGGAAAACCUGAGGGGGGAAGGUUAUGAACCAGUUCAUUCCUCCGAGUCUCCAAAAGCUGCAGACAGUGAACCUUCUAAGCCUCCAUCUGCACAAGGCUUAGUUAUUUGAUUGCCUACAACAUUGUAAAUAGUCUUGUAUCCAGCUGAAUUGUGUGACUUCUGUUUUAUUGAGUGAAUUUCAUCUGUCAGUGAUGCAUGUGCAGUGGUACCAUCUACUGCAUUCCAUAA